AACUUUUAAAUUGGAAUAUGUAGUUCAAUUAAAGAUUAAAAUAUCAUGUUAUUUUUCUCUAGAUUAGUGGAACGAUUCUUGAUGGAUGGCUAUAAACCACAUGAAUUAUCUACUUAUGCACUUACACUUUUUAGACAUAAGACAACACAUGAAGAUGAAUCACUUAUGAUUGAUUUUUGGGAUACGGCUGGACAGGAAAGAUUCAGUAGCAUGCAUCCAUCUUAUUAUCACCAAGCUCAUGCUUGCAUAUUUGUAUUUGAUGUUACCCGAAAAAUAACAUAUAAAAAUUUGUCAAAUUGGUAUAAAGAAUUAAGAGAAUAUAGACCAGAAAUUCCUUGUUUAUGUGCUGCAAAUAAAAUUGAUGUUGAUUAUGAUAUUACAAAGAAAAGUUUUCAGUUUCCAAAGAAAUAUGGAAUGCCAUUUUACUUUGUUUCAGCCUCUGAUGGUACAAAUGUUGUCAAACUGUUUAGAGAUGCCAUCAAGUAUGCUGUGCAAUAUAAGAAAAAUCCAACGGAUUUCGUAGACGAAGUUCUCCAGGAAUUAGAGAAUUUCGGCAGCGAGGACCCGUCCGACGAAGAGACUCCGUCCAAGAAAUAGUCACCCCACCGACCGCACUUCCGUCCGUCGGGUCGACUGCGGGCCGGACUCCUCUGCGGAAACAACUGCACACGGCCGGAAAUUUCCGAGGUCCGAAGCGAAGUUACGAGCCGUCCCGCGCAGAAGAGAGAGUGGUGAAAUCGCAAAUGUUUUGUUUACGAAGUUCUUAUGUAUGGUCCAUAGUUUGAAAUAUAUUUAUAUUGCGUUAC